GUGCAUGACGGCAGCCAUGUGUCCAGAGGAAUCCCGACUGGAGAACCUUCGUCUGUUUCCCACCAUUUCCAUGCUCUAUUUAGCACUGCUAACCGAUUCUUCCAUGUGCUCCCCAACAGACAUCCCUUACUUGUUUCCCUUUCAUGCUCCAUAUAUCUCCACCCUCAUCAGCUGUGAUUCCUAUCAAACUACAGUACUAGAAAUCUAUACUGCCACCACUCCCAUUCCCACCCCAAAACAGACGGUAGAGCCUCUAUACGACAUGGGUUUCCAAGGAAGGAUUCAAGGCUCCUCCGAAGGCCACUAUCAGAGGCUGCAGAAUGAAGUCGAGAAGGCUGCUGUAAGACCUCGAAGGCGAUGGCUGCGGAAGGUGAAGGGCAAGGUGAUAUCCUUUCGCGCAUCCCCUUCCAAGAGGGUGAAAUGGAUGCGGCUCGUCGUGGUGCCGAGAAGGCUCGCAGAACUAUAUGCCGAGAUUGUGAAAACAAUGCGCAUGGAUGAAGUCUAUCCUACAAUCAUCUUCUCUUGCCACUGGGGACUGCCGGUGCUCUCUCAUCCCACGAUUGGCUGUAGGAAGAGCGCGGUCUCCCUACACCCGGAAACCUCUCUUUCUCGUGGUUGAGGUGCAUAUGUGCAUCUUUUGUAACAUUCAGGAUGAAUUCAAUAUUUUCUUUGAUUUGUUUCUAUACACUUAUUUCCGAUGGCAAUCUAUCUAGUUAGAUGGUUCCCACCUA